AUGGCCAUGCUAGGUGGUCAUGCGGGAGCUUCUGGGAGUGGGGGAGGCAUCCCUGAACCGAGUAGGGAGCUUGCUGCUGCGACGGGCGGAGCUGGGGAGGACGGUGACAGAGCCGAGACGAGUCACGCAGGGGGUGGACGAUCCUUUGCUCAGGCCCUCCAAAGACCGAUUCCGACGGCAAAAUUUAGGAUACCGUUGAGGAAGCCAGAACUGAUUUCUGGAGAGCUGGGCUUCGUUUUCUCGGAGGUGGAAAUCUCAAGGGUUGCUAAAGAGCUGAAAUAUGCUCUGGUUCUCAAAUUUUUCUCUAAGAGACCCUCUAUCGACGUACUGAGACGGCAAAUCAUCAAAUCUUGGGGUUUUUCUGAAGUGCCGAUAAUAAGUUUUAUGGAUGAACUCCACGUGCUCCUCCACCUGGCCAAUGAAAAAGACUACCUUCAUGCUUGGGCGAGGGAGGGAAGAUAUGUGGCGGGAUGCUCUUUCAGAUUGUUCAACUGGACAGCGGAUUUCAACGUGAAAAAGGAACCGUCCAUAGCUCCCCAGUGGAUCUACCUUCCAGGUUUGCCACUACACCUUUACAGAAUGGAUAUUUUACAGAUUUUUGCUUCUCGUUUUGGUAGAUUUUUAGGAACGGAUAAUGCCACCUUAUAUAGGACGAGGGCAACAGGGGCUAGAAUGUGUGUUGAAGUAGACUUACUAGAAGAACCAGUGGCUGGUUUUCCGCUGGUUACAGGCAAAACACAGAUUUGGCAACGGGUAGUUUAUGAGAAAAAAGGUUUCUAUUGUAAAAAGUGUUUUAGACAAGGGCACACAGAAAUGGUUUGUAGAACAGGAGAGACAGUGAACAGAAUGAGUAGAAGGGAAGGAAAGAAAGUCUUGGAAAAGGAGGGAGAGGAGAGAGUAUGGAAGGAAGUGGGACAGAAAUAA